UGACUCCCAACUGGACGUCAAAAAUCAGUAUGGGUUUUUUGUCCUAAUUCCUAUGUGUACUCAUAUUUUGUGUUUUUAUUUACUAUUAACUUAUAAGUAUUAUUGUAUUGAUCUCAUCUGUACGCGUACAUAAUGUUGUAUAAAAUAUUCCAUCAAAAUCUAUUCGAAGUUGUAGAUUUGAAUUCGGCUAUGCUUGUAACAGCAUCAGUGCUUGUUGUCGGAUACUUCUGGACCUGUUUGAGAGCGUCCCGUAGACAAAAGAUGUUGGAACUGGAAAACGAACCGCACAGGGUUUUGUUGAUCACUGCACACCCAGACGAUGAAUGCAUGUUUUUUGGUCCAAUUAUACAAAAGUUAUCAAAAAUGAAUGACACUCAGCUUUACCUGUUGUGUCUUUCUGUUGGUAAUGUGACUUUGUAGCCGUUAACGUCCCUUAGAAAUUAACUAAUAGUUAACUUAUUUGGUUGACAGGUAACUUUGAAGGUAAAGGCUCACUACGAAAACUUGAACUAUAUGAAAGCUGUAAGAUACUGGGUAUUGACGAGGGGAAUAUCUUGUUGUGCAAGUAAAUAAAUGUUACUUAUUAUACCUUGUCUGUUAUUAUUUGUUUAUGUAUUUAUUGGGUAAUUUCAGAAAUACUUUACUCCCAGAUAACCCUAAUGUGAACUGGGAUACAAUUUUACUGUCUGAUAAGAUUACAGAACACGUAGAACAAUUGGAAAUUGACACAGUAUUAACAUUUGACAGCUAUGGUGUUAGUGGACACCGAAAUCAUGUUUCAAUUUACUUGGCGUUGUUUCAUUUAGUUUAUAAUAGAAUGCUUCCAGAUAGUAAGUGUUAAAUGUAGUUAAUGCAUUUAUUUAGUAUUAUAUAGAAUUCAGAGUAAAUAAGUGAAAGGAAAAUUGUAUAAAACUUUACGGUAUGUCUGAUUUUUGGGUGUGAUCAAAUAGGAGAUGAAAUAGACUCAACGUUAACAGAAAUGAAAAUAUUAAAGUGGAUUUGUGAUGCCACUGUGUUGAAUAGAAUUAAGAAUGUAUACAUAAAAAGUAGCCGUAAGAGUAGUGUAUACCUAUAGAGAUAUUGAGAAUUUGUCUAGAAUCACUUAUAUUGAAAACUGUGUAUGAACACAAAAAAUGUUGAUAUUUUUCUUAAUUUUUUUUUUUCAAACUAUAGGUAACAUUAUUGAACUGUCUAUAAAAAUUACCUUGUGGUCACUUUAUGUAAUUGGUAUUAUCUAUUUAAUAUAUAAUUUCAAUAAUAACAUCAUUAGUGCAAAUAGUCUUAUGAUUUUGGCUCUUGUGUAUACUUUGGAAAAUAUAAAGCUUUUGCCUAAAUUAAGGAUAAAUUUAACACAUAGAUAAUCACUUUAUUGAUGAGAUUCAUGUUAGUUUUGCUUUUUCAUUUUAAAUUAUAUUGAGUACAGGGGCAGAGUGAGAAUUAUUUAUAUCCACAUUUAUAAUUUUGUAAAUAAUAUAAUAUAAACAAAUAACCUGGCCAUUUAGUGAUCUGAGUGGUUAUUAUAUGUAUUAAAAAUUAAUAAUAAAUUACAUUAAAUAAAAAUAAUAUAUAUUUAUAGCCUUUACAUAUUAUAUCAUACAUAUCAAUUUGAUUAGGUAUUAUCCAUAUUCAUAAAAUUAUAUUAUACGCAUGGUAGAGAGCAAUUAAUCAUGAACUUGUGCCUAAAAUACGAGAUUUCACGAAGAGUUUAAAAUGUGAAACAAGUCAAUACUCAGUAUGGCAAUAUUGAGUAUAGGAUUGGAAAACAACAAUGUCAACAAUGAUCAUUGAUUAAUGAGUAGAAUGCUGACUAGCCUUUGCGUCAACUGCCUAACACUUCUGAUUGAUCGCGCAAGUUUGCAUUAGAGACAUUAUAUAUCAUAGUUAAUACCACGGUCAUAGAUUACACACUUACAUGAUAACCUAUAGUUUAGUCAGAAAAAUAGUCUUAUUACAAAAUAUAAGUAGGUUAUAUUUUAACAAUCCAUAUAGAAAUUUAAAAUCAACAUAUUUAAAAAAAAAAAAAUGUUAAAAGAAAUAUUGAUACACUGAUAUUAUCAAAGAGCAAAUAUUUAUAUCAAAAUAUCAGUAUUUUUUCAGAAAAUAUUGUUAUAUCAAUCUGUAGGUAUACCAAUAAAAUAAAAAAAGGAAUAUAUUAAGAUGGUAUGACCAUGUUUAAAAAAAGAGAAUUAAUAUGAUAGUUAGGAAGAUAAGUAGAUGAACACCAAUAAAUAAAAUUAAUAGUACAAUUGGUUCCUGUGAAAAAUGAUGUAUACUAACAAUUGGCCAGGUCAAAAAUUUUUAUAUUUUAUGUUUAUUACCAAUAGUUAUAAAACCCUUAAUUUCUUAACCAUAAUAUUUUUGAUACAUACAAAAUGUAAUAUAAUAGAGUUAAAAUUAUAAUUGUAGAAGAAGUAAUAAUCAAAAUAGUAAUAAUAUUAAUUAUAAUAAUAAUAUUUUUGAAGCACAGAAUGAUGUUAUGUUAAUAUUUAAUAUUAACACUUAGACUUUUACAAAUAAUUUAAAAUUUGAUGUUUAGGGGAUUGAAAGCGGUUAUUUUUCUUUGUUUUACCUCUGAAAUAUAAGAAUUUAGAUGUGUUCUAUUUACAACGUACUAAUUCGUCUAGUGAAACAAUAAAAACUCUAAAAUCAGAUUUGAAUUUGUCAUCAGGUCUACUUGAAAUCGACUUUCCACAUUUUUGAUUUUCUCUUAAAAUAUUAAAAAAGUAAUUGGAAAAACCAGAAUAUUUUAAGUUUUGGAGAAAUAAAAAUAAAAAUUAUAAAAGUAGAAAAGUCCAUCUUAAUAAGACUUGAUAACAAAUUAAAAUUUGUUUUCAGAUUUAUUAUCAUGAGACUAAUCAGAAUAUUGGAAAUAGAAUAUGUUUAGAUUUUUAUGUUGAACGUGUGUAAGAUAAAGACAAAAAUUUAAUGCUUUCAAUCCCUUUAAAACUAUUAUACAUAAAUAAAAUAUUUUCAUGCAUGAAAAAAUAAAACUUCUCCUGUUUUCCUUAUACUUACUUUAUUAUUUUUAAUAAGGUUUUAACUUAGAUCAGUUAGAUUAUUAUUAGAAAUUUUACGAAACUCGAUUUUUAAGGUCGAAUUGAACUUUUAAAAUAUUUUAUUAAACUCAAACUGCUGAGCUCCAUGAUUUAUGGAUUGAUAUGAGACCCACUAGUGCAAAAAAAAAUAGAAUUUUUUUUUCGUAACAAGGCCACUAUCCCACUACAGAACAUUGUAUUGGUGACCUCGCAAAAUCGGUAUUGAAUGAUAUUCGAACCAAACUGUUGGGUAUUUGCAAUUUUUAGUUCGAUUUUUGAAACCAAUCAAACACCCGUCUUCGUUUAGGAAAAAAAACAUGUAAUAAUCUGACAGGAAUCAAUUGUUCUUUAACCACAUGAGAUAAUAAAGGCAAGGAUGAGAUAGAAUUAAAUUACAAUUAAUUAUUGUUUUAAAUCAUAUUAAAUAUUUUAAAUUUAGAUUGCCGCAUUUACACUCUGGAUUCAGUCAACGUCAUACGCAAAUAUAUAAAAUGUAUUGAUCGAUUUUUCAACAAUACCUCUGACUUCAAAUGUACUAUCUCAAAAACUGAACAGUGCUGUGUAACGGUAAAUUAUCCAAUUUCUUAUUAAUGUGUUGUUUUUGUUAAAAUUGUUUUCUUCCUAUUUUACAGAAAGCAAUGAAAGCACAUUGUUCUCAAUACAUUUGGUUCAGAAAACUAUAUAUGAAAUUUUCUAGGUAUACUAGAGUAAACACAUUUACAACUAUUUCAGCUGAAUAAUUUUUGUUUUACUAUUUAGAUUAUAUUAGAUUUGUUGUGCAUUUAGAUUGUUGAUGACUGUGAUAAUGUUUUUACAAUAACAGUUCUACUAUUUCUCUUAAUUGGUGUUAUUUAUUAGUAGGGUUUGGGACUUAUAGCACUUAGAAUUAACAAAAUAGCGUUAAUAAAAAUUUUAUUAUACAGGUGAUCAAUCUAUUACAAGACUUUUUUUUGGAUUUUAUUUUUUGAAAAAAUAAGAAACAAAUAGUUCUGAAAUUAACAUUUGAAUACCUAGUUUUUAUUUUAAAAUGGUAACUUACAAAAAUAUUCCACAAAUAAAUACAGUAUGAAAUUUUUAAUUUCAAUCAAUCGGUUGAAGAGAUAUUUCACUUUUAAGUUUGGAUUAUACAAGAGUAGUAGAGCAUUUUUAAAAUGCUGUAUACCAAGCCACCACUCAAAUAAUGAUCAAAUUUCGACCCAAAAAAUUUAUUUUAACUAAUACUUCUACAUCUAUUUAUGGAUUUUUUUUUGUAGGUUGCCCUUUUGACAUCAAAAAUAGGUAUUCCUUUCACUCCCAAAAAUAAGGAUGACAAAAAUAAAGUGAAAAUGUAAUAUUUUAGAACUAUUUGUUUCUUAAGUUUUCAAAAAAAAAAAAAUUCCUAAAAAAGUGCAUACUUUCUGAGAUAAUGAGUGUCUUAUGAUAGAUUGAUCACUCUGUAUGUCCUUAAAAUACCGAAAAGUAUUUUUUUAAACUAUUGAAAUAAACAAAAGAAGCACUUUUAAAUUUAAUGUUAUGUAAAUAAUAUAAAGGAUGCUGUAAGUACUAAACCCUGUUUAUUAAUUAUAUUUAUUGCUUACUCCCUUUUUUUGCUGUCUUCCAAAUUAUGUUUUCUAUUAAUAAUUUAUGAAAACAAAUUUGGCUUUUAUUGAUUGUGAAUUACCAUUUAUGUAGUUUUAUAACAGUAUUGUAACAUUAAGGAACAAAAUAUGUUGUUUAGUAAAUUAUAUUAUGUCAAAUUUUAAAAAUAGGACUAGUUAAUUUUCUCAAAAUAAUCUUAUUCAUUUAUUGAUCAUUAUGUUUAAAACAUCUUUAAGUGUAUUAUAUUAUGUCAAAUGUUAAAAAUAGGACUAGUUAAUUUUCUAAAUAUAAUCUUAUU